AUGGCCGAGGAUCGCCGUCCACCACUCCCUUCCUUUGCGUCCCAGAGCUCCGUCACUCUCAGCGACCACAGCGAUCCAUUCGCAGACCGUCCAUCGCGCCAGGUAGCGUUUCAAGAGCCUCCCAUGUCUGCUUACGAGAGUUCUACUUCUCUUCCGCAUGAGUUUGGAGGCAUGGGCGGAUAUAACGACGACGACGAGGUCGAGAAGCUUCCUCUCACAGCAGCGCAAGGCGGCUUGUAUCCGCCUGGGCCUAUCGAUCCUAAUGCUUAUGGUGACCCUUAUGAUCGUCCUAUCUCCGUUGUUUCCACAGCCUCUUCCGGCGUCGAUUCAGCAUGGAGGCGUCGCCAGACCAUCAAACGUGGUGUGACGCGCAAGGUCAAACUUACGAAGGGUAACUUCAUUUCCGAGUACCCAGUUCCAUCGCCUGUGUACAGUGCCAUAGAAGCUAAAUGGCGCAAUAGCAACACCACGGAAUUUUCGCAUAUGAGGUACACCGCAGCAACUUGCGAUCCGGACGAUUUCUCAGAGGCCAAUGGCUAUUCGCUACGCACAAAGAUGUACAAUCGGCAGACCGAGCUUCUCAUCGCCGUCACUUCGUACAAUGAGGACAAGACUCUUUACGCUCGUACCUUGCAUGGUGUUAUGCUUAACAUUCGCGAUAUUUGCAAGACGAAGCAAUCAAAGUAUUGGCGACGAACUGCGGAAGAAGGAAUCCCUGGUUGGCAAAAAAUCACUGUCGCACUUAUCAUCGACGGUUUGGAACCCAUGGACAAGACCGUUCUGGAUAUCCUAGCUACCGUUGGAGUCUACCAAGAUGGUGUCAUGAAGAAGCAAGUUGACGGCAAAGAAACUGUUGCUCACAUUUUCGAGUACACAACUCAGCUUUCGGUCGAUGCUACACCCCAGCUCAUUCUUCCCCACGGCGAUGACCACUCGAAUCUUGUUCCGGUGUCAAUCAUCUUAGUUAUCAAGGCCAAGAAUCAAAAGAAAAUCAACUCUCACCGCUGGCUGUUCAAUGCUAUUGGUCGGAUGCUCGAGCCUGAGUGCUGCGUUCUCAUCGACGCCGGUACGAAGCCCGGACACAAAUCCAUCUACUACUUGUGGGAGGCUUUCUAUAAUGACCCCCAUCUCGGAGGUUGUUGUGGUGAGAUCCAUGCCAUGUUGGAAGGUGGAAGGAAGCUCCUGAAUCCCUUGGUUGCUGCUCAAAACUUUGAGUAUAAGAUGUCUAACAUUUUGGACAAGCCUUUGGAGAGUAGCUUCGGUUACGUCUCUGUCUUGCCAGGUGCAUUCUCUGCAUAUCGAUUCCGCGCUAUCCUUGGGCGGCCGUUAGAGCAAUACUUCCAUGGUGACCAUUCGCUGGCAGACCGUCUAGGACCGAAGGGUAUCUAUGGGAUGAAUAUCUUCACAAAGAACAUGUUCUUGGCUGAAGAUCGUAUCCUCUGUUUCGAACUGGUCGCAAAGGCGGGCGAUAGAUGGACUCUGACCUACGUCAAACCUAGCAAAGCCGAAACAGACGUACCCGAAACUGCGGCCGAGCUAAUUGGUCAACGUCGUCGAUGGCUGAACGGGUCGUUUGCUGCUUCCGUCUAUGGUGUCGUCAACUUCUUCAAGUUAUAUAAAUCGGGCCAUGGAAUCAUACGGAUGUUCUUCUUCCAUAUCCAGGCGUUUUACAAUGUUUUCAGCUUGAUCUUCUCAUGGUUCGCUCUCGCUAACAUCUGGUUGACGUUCUCCAUCAUUAUCGACUUGCUCCCGUCUGAUGGACUUGUGUUCUUUGGAACCGCGGACAUCACUCACUGGGUGAACGAAGUGCUGAAGUGGAUUUACCUCGCCUUCUUGUGUCUACAAUUUGUUCUUGCUUUGGGUAAUAGGCCAAAAGGAGAACGGAUGGCAUAUACCAUUACGUUAUGGGUCUACGCUGUUCUUGCGGUGUAUUUGUUGGUUUGUUCCUUCGCGUUGACUAUCAAGGCGUUCAUUGCUGUUCCUUCCAUGCUGAAGAACAAGACUGUCAUGCAAGUUGUUCUUACGUUCUUUGAACCGCCGGUUGGUGCUUUGAUUGCUGCUAUGGCUUCGACUUACGGUAUUUACAUUAUGGCCUCGUUCCUCUACCGCGACCCGUGGCAUAUGUUCACCAGCUUCUUCCAAUACUUGUGCUUGGCCCCGAGUUUCACGAACAUCCUGAACGUUUACGCGUUCUGUAACCUUCAUGAUGUCUCCUGGGGUACCAAGGGUAGUGACAAAGCGGAAGCUCUUCCAUCAGUCUCGUCGAAGAAGGCGAAGGAUGCGGAAACCGCUGUUGUCGAGGAUGUUGCCCGAAGUAAAGAGGAUCUUGAUGCUCACUUCAAGGACACCGUCACUCGUGCUGUCACCAAAUUGGAAGUCAAGGAAGAAGUGGAGAAGCCUACCAUGGACGAUGAGAACAAGACAUUCCGAACGCGCUUGGUCGCCUUCUGGCUGUUGACUAACGCAACUUUGGCCGUGUCUGUUGAGAACUUGAACGGUCUAUCAAGUGGCAACGAGGAGACAGACGAUGCCGAGCUGCGGGCAAAGCAGAACAUCUACUUUGCUGUUAUCCUCUACUCCACUUUCGGGCUGGCGGCAGUCCGAUUCAUUGGGUGUCUCUUCUACUUCUUCAAGCGCAAUCUGUUCCGUUGCUGCAGGAGAAACUAG